AUGGUACUGAACCCGACGGACACACAGACGGACACAUAUACGGACGUACAGACUGACACACGGACGGACAUACGGACGGACACACAGACGGACACAUAUACGGACGUACAGACGGACAUACUGACUAACACACAGGCGGACAUACAGACUGACACACAGACGGACAUACGGACGGACACACAGACGGACACACAGACGGACAUAAGGACUGACACACAGACGGACACAUAUACGGACGUACAGACGGACAUACUGACUAACACACAGGCGGACAUACAGACUGACACACAGACGGACACGUAUAAGGACGUACAGACGAACAUACAGACUGACACACAGACGGACACGUAUAAGGACGUACAGACGAACAUACUGACUAACACACAGGCGGACAUACAGACUGACACACAGACGGACACGUAUAAGGACGUACAGACGAACAUACAGACUGACGCACAGACGGACAUACUGACUAACACACAGGCGGACAUACAGACUGACACACAGACGGACACGUAUAAGGACGUACAGACGCACAUACUGACUAACACACAGACGGACACAUAUACGGACGUACAGACGGACAUACUGACUAACACACAGACGGACACAUAUACGGACGUACAGACGGCCGUACUGACUAACACACAGGCGGACAUACAGACUGACACACAGACGGACACGUAUAAGGACGUACAGACGAACAUACAGACUGACACACAGACGGACACGUAUAAGGACGUACAGACGAACAUACUGACUAACACACAGACGGACACAUAUACGGACGUACAGACGGACAUACUGACUAACACACAGACGGACACAUAUACGGACGUACAGAUGGCCGUACUGACUAACACACAGGCGGACAUACAGACUGACACACAGACGGACACGUAUAAGGACGCGGACAUACAGACUGACACACAGACGGACACGUAUAAGGCCGUACAGACGAACAUACAGACUGACACACAGACGGACACAUAUACGGCCGUACCGACGGACAUACUGACUAACACACGGACGGACACAUAUACGGACGUACAGACGGACAUACUGACUAACACACAGGCUGACAUACAGACUGACACACAGACGGACACGUAUAAGGACGUACAGACGAACAUACAGACUGACACACAGGCGGACAUACAGACUGACACACAGACGGACAUACUGACUAACACACAGGCGGACAUACUGACUAAAACACAGACGGACACAUAUACGGACGUACAGACGGCCGUACUGACUAACACACAGGCGGACAUACAGACUGACACACAGACGGACACGUAUAAGGACGUACAGACGAACAUACAGACUGACACACAGACGGACACGUAUAAGGACGUACAGACGAACAUACUGACUAACACACAGACGGACACACAUACAGACGUACAGACGGACAUACUGACUAACACACAGACGGACACAUAUACGGACGUACAGAUGGCCGUACUGACUAACACACAGGCGGACAUACAGACUGACACACAGACGGACAUACUGACUAACACACAGACGGACACAUAUACGGACGUACAGUCGGACAUACUGACUAACACACAGGCGGACACAUAUACAGACGUACAGACGAACAUACAGACUGACACACAGGCGGACAUACAGACUGACACACAGACGGACACGUAUAAGGACGUACAGACGAACAUACAGACUGACACACAGACGGACACAUAUACGGCCGUACCGACGGACAUACUGACUAACACACGGACGGACACAUAUACGGACGUACAGACGGACAUACUGACUAACACACAGGCUGACAUACAGACUGACACACAGACGGACACGUAUAAGGACGUACAGACGGACAUACUGACUAACACACAGACGGACACAUAUACGGACGUACAGACGGACACACUGACUAACACACAGACGGACACAUAUACGGACGUACAGACGGCCGUACUGACUAAAACACAGGCGGACAUACAGACUGACACACAGACGGACACGUAUAAGGACGUACAGACGAACAUACAGACUGACACACAGGCGGACAUACAGACUGACACACAGGCGGACAUACAGACUGACACACAGACGGACAUACUGACUAACACACAGGCGGACAUACUGACUAACACACAGACGGACACAUAUACGGACGUACAGACGGACAUACUGACUAACACACAGGCUGACAUACAGACUGACACACAGACGGACACGUAUAAGGACGUACAGACGAACAUACAGACUGACACACAGGCGGACAUACAGACUGACACACAGACGGACAUACUGACUAACACUCAGGCGGACAUACAGAUUGACACACAGACAAACACGUAUAAGGACGUACAGACGAACAUACAGACUGACACACAGACGGACAUACUGACUAACACACAGGCGGACAUACAGACUGACACACAGACGGACAUACUGACUAACACACAGACGGACACAUAUACGGACGUACAGACGGACAUACUGACUAACACAAAGGCUGACAUACAGACUGACACACAGACGGACACGUAUAAGGACGUACAGACGAACAUACUGACUAACACACAGACGGACACAUAUACGGACGUACAGACGGCCGUACUGACUAACACACAGGCGGACAUACUGACUAACACACAGACGGGCACAUAUACGGACGUACAGACGAACAUACAGACUGACACACAGACGGACACAUAUACGGACGUACAGACGUACAUACUGACUAACACACAGGCUGACAUACAGACUGACACACAGACGGACACGUAUAAGGACGUACAGACGAACAUACUGACUGACACACAGACGGACACGUAUACGGACGUACAGACGGACACACUGGCUAACACACAGACGGACACAUAUACGGACGUACAGACGAACAUACUGACUGACACACAGACGGACACAUAUACGGACGUACAGACGGACAUACUGACUAACACACAGACGGACACAUAUACGGACGUACAGACGGCCGUACUGACUAACACACAGGCGGACAUACUGACUAACACACAGACGGACACAUAUACGGACGUACAGACGGACAUACUGACUAACACACAGGCGGACAUACAGACUGACACACAGACGGACACGUAUAAGGACGUACAGACGAACAUACAGACUGACACACAGACGGACACGUAUAAGGACGUACAGACGAACAUACUGACUAACACACAGGCGGACAUACAGACUGACACACAGACGGACACGUAUAAGGACCUACAGACGAACAUACAGACUGACACGUAUAAGGACGUACAGACGAACAUACAGACUGACACACAGACGGACACGUAUAAGGACGUACAGACGGCCGUACUGACUAACACACAGGCGGACAUACUGACUAACACACAGACGGACACAUAUACGGACGUACAGACGGACAUACUGACUAACACACAGGCGGACAUACAGACUGACACACAGACGGACACGUAUAAGGACGUACAGACGAACAUACAGACUGACACACAGACGGACACUUAUAAGGACGUACAGACGAACAUACUGACUAACACACAGGCGGACAUACAGACUGACACACAGACGGACACGUAUAAGGACCUACAGACGAACAUACAGACUGACACGUAUAAGGACGUACAGACGAACAUACAGACUGACACACAGACGGACACGUAUAAGGACGUACAGACGAAACAUACAGACUGA